GGAGGAUUUUGACCUCAAGAUGGGGACACCCUCCCUCCCUGUUUCGGUUAAUAGUACGCUGUUGUCGUAAAACCGCGUUACAGAGGAGAGAGAAAGUGAAACCACUCCCUCCUCUUCCUCCAUUGCUAGGGUUUGCCUCUGAAUGUGACUGAUCAUCAUCAACGAUGGCUCGUAGAAUCCCAAUCAAAUGGUUCUUAGAUGGCCUGACUCGGACCCUAUCAAAUCUGUUCAUCGUCACCACCACCACCACAGGUGUCUGAUUCAUCACCACCGUAAGAUGCAUCUUAGCCGAAUCUCCAAUGCAUUGGUUGAAUAGCGCAUUUUCUCGGUCAUCGUCCUCCAAACACCACUCCGCUGAUAACCCCGGCCACAGAGUCUCCAGAAUCCUCCGCUCCUCGCAGCGCCGGCUCACGCGCGCUCGGAAGCUCCGCCACCUCACCGACGACGACAUCGGCGUUACCGCCGAAGCUGACCGCCGCUGGCACUCGCCCAGCACUAGACAUCACUUUUACUCCUCGCGGAGGUCGUCGUCCGCGUCUCCGCAGCCCCUGCCCCUCCCGGAACUGGCCUUGCUGCUACGCUGUGACGCCUCCACGCCUUCUACUUCAAAUUCGUGUUCGAAUUCAACUUUAAAUUCAAAUACGGGUAAUGUUCCCUUGCCCUCACCGAAGGAGGCGCCAUCGAUAGGCGGGGAGGAGAGAGAAAGAGCUGAUGGAUUGACCGGUAACGGGAACGGGAAGGGGAACGGAGAUGGAGUCACGUCGAGUGCUGCAUCUGAGAGUAGGUUAGCUUCCCAGGACACCAGAAAGAAUACGGAGCAUGCUGAAACUCAGUCAUCUAGGAAGGUUCCUCGAGAACUGAAUGUCUUGGGAAGGAAUCAAGACAGUUCAUUGUCUACUGUUUUUAUUGGUAAUCCUACUAGCCCCUUUUCGAGUCCUGCACUCAGCCCACAGAUAAAUAAUGGAGAUAUUUUUUCAUAUUAUCACAUGUCUCCCCAAGUAAUUCAAGUCUGGUCUGCACCUGAGAUGCCUCCUUUAGAUAUGACUCUGGGUCUAGGGUGUCCUAAUCAAAUGUACCCUGAGAAAACUGCAUUUAGUGUUGAUAAUUCACCUCUCCACAGUCCAAGAGCAAGUCCCCGCCGGACCACCAGAAGCCCUACUCCUACUGGGCCUGCAUCACCUUUACAUAACAAGUUAUCACUUGAGACCUCGAUAGCACCACGUGAAAGUAAUGCUCAGGCCCAUGUCCACCCCUUACCUCUUCCUCCAGGUGCUGCCACUCCUUCCCAGCCUGUUACUGUUAACCAAGUUACAGCUAAGCCAGAAUUGAAGCCAAUGAAAAGUCAAUGGAAAAAAGGAAAGCCUAUUGGGCGUGGUACAUUUGGAAGUGUUUAUGUUGCCACCAACAGGGAAACUGGAGCCUUAUGUGCAAUGAAAGAAGUUGAGAUAUUGCAGGAUGACCCAAAAUCUGCAGAGUGUAUAACGCAAUUACAGCAGGAAAUUAAACUCCUCAGCCAGCUAAAGCAUCCAAAUAUUGUGCAGUAUUAUGGCAGUGAAAUUGUUGGGAACAAAUUUCACAUAUAUCUAGAGUAUGUUCAUCCUGGUUCUAUUAAUAAAUACAUCCGUGACCAUUGUGGAGCAAUAACAGAAUCUGUUAUACGCAAUUUCACUCGCCAUAUUCUCUCUGGGUUGGCUUACUUGCAUAGCACAAAGACAAUACACAGGGACAUUAAAGGGGCUAAUUUGCUUGUCGAUGCAUAUGGGGUUGUCAAGCUUGCUGACUUUGGGAUGGCUAAACAUCUUAGCGGACAAACAACUUAUCUUUCUUUAAAAGGAAGUCCGUACUGGAUGGCUCCUGAGCUCUUGCAGCCUCUGACACAGAAAGAUGCUAAUUCUGAUCUUGCUCUAGCUGUUGAUAUUUGGAGUUUGGGUUGUACUAUUAUUGAAAUGCUGAACGGGAAACCUCCUUGGAGUGAAUAUGAAGGGGCUGCAGCCAUGUUCAAGGUUACGAGAGAAACCCCAACCAUACCUCAAACGUUGUCGUCCGAGGGCAAGGAUUUUUUACGUUGUUGUUUUUGUAGAAAUCCGGCAGAGAGACCUUCAGCUAGCAUGCUACUAGAACAUCGAUUCCUAAAAAAUUCACAGCAGCUUGAUCCAUCUUUCACCCAGGUUGAUAUUCCAUCUUUCACCCAGGCUCUUAGUGGGAUGAAAUUGAGGGAUCAAACACAUACUCCACAAGAGCAUUCUAAUCAUAAACUUGAUCAGGUGCCAGUAUCUCCGACACUUUCCAUAAACGGAAAUCCUGGGAACAAACAUCAUCCAUAGUUCUGUUUCUCCAGUGUGGCUGGCCAAUGAUCUCACCAUGAAACUCCCGACUUGACAGUGGCUCCACAUCAGUCUCCUCACACUACUCUCGAGGCCCUUCGUAGUCCAUCCCCGCCUCACUUGGGUCUCAGCAUUUAUCAUACUAGGCCUUCUGCAAAUGCUCCCAGCUCUAUCAAACAGAGUGCGACAAAGAACCAUUUAUUGUGACAACUUGUCGAAAGUGAUAUGGCUUUCUGAUAAGGUGGUUCGAUUCAUGAAAUGUGCCACAAAUCGUUGCAGCCAUAGGCAGUUGCAGCAAUAGGUUCUCCGUCUCACCUUUAUUGUUGAAGAUGUGAGGGUUCUUUGUUCUGCAAAAUAUCCUUGAACUGGGAAUCUAGAAGCAGUUUUUUCUUGUUUUUGGUUUUUUGUUUUUUCUUUGUAUAUUAUUCACCAAAUUAGAGCUUUGGAAAUUACAGAAGUUCUUGAAGCAUUUGUAUUCAGAAUGCAAUCACAGGCAUGUAGGAAUGGGGAAUUGUAGAUAUCAGAAAAUUGAAUUUAUCCAGUUAUCCGUCAGUGAUUUUCCUUUCAAUUUA